AUGGACGAACUGCUGACCCCGGUCAGCACCACAUAUCUCAAGCCUCGAAAGGACGCCCAGCCGCUGCUCUCCGAGGUCAGCUCAACCAAGAGAGUGGUCGAUCUUCCCAAGGUUUCGCAGGUGAACUCGCCAGAUGAGGCUCUGGAGAUCCUCCGGAACCAGCCCGAUUACGACUCCCUUGUCCGAGUUCUGCGGUAUCUCACCACGGAUGCCGCACAGCCCGACGCUUUCAACGUCCAUGUUCCAGGUCCGAAAAGCGCAGCCAUCAUCCAUGUGCUGGUCACGGAUAUUGCUGCAAACUACUGGACGCUGUUGAAAGAAGGCGGAGCGAGUGCCGGCACCGAGGAUGGUCGCGACGACUUGCAUCUGUUUGUAGCCUGUCUACAGAGCGUCACCGGGCUCAACGCCGUUCUUACUCAUCUCAAGGCCCUCAUCCAGGAGCACAAGCUAGGAUCGAAGGAGGCUAAGCGAAUUGAUCUGGUGCUACACAUUAGUAUCUUUCUCGAUGUGUUAGCGACAGUGCUAGAGGGUGAUUCUGCUAUCCAAGCCUUGUGGACAGCUUCAACACAAAGGCUGGCCACUCAGGCGCUGAGAAAGGUGCAAUCUCAGGCGCUGCUCUCCUUGAUCACCGGGGGACGAAUACUGUCCAUCGCCGCCGAAGCAAUCGAAGUUGCUGGCUCGGAAAACGUCGAUGCCAAAACGACAUGGCCAGCUGAUGGCGCAAAGUUUACGCAAUGGGUUGCACACAACGUCAUUGCCUGGGCAAAGCUCAUAAAGACCGAGCAUGACCUGCAAUUCUGCUCAGACGUCUUUCAGCGUGGCCUAUCUCUAGGCUAUCAGGAGAGCCUUGUAAAGACGGUCAUUGACGGCCUUCUGCUGCGAGAGGGAAGCAACCCGGAGGACUUUUCCAAAGUGUGCCUGUCUCAGUCAUCCAGCGCCAAAAGAACGAUGAAUAUUCUGCUACAACACCUUGCCCAGCACCUGAAUGGCCUCGACCUGGGCACUCCAUCUUUCAACACACUCAUAUCUGCCGCUGCCGGAGUCAUUGACGCAGUCAUCAAGGGCAAUGAAGGUCUUUACAACCAUCUUGUCUCCUGGUGCACUUCAUCGUCUGGCGCCGGCUUAGGGGACGCUGUAGGCAUUCGAAGAGCCGUUCUCGCAGUCCUAGCUCAGAAUAAGGAUGGGAUUACGACUGUUUUCGAGAAAAGUCUGGCUCAGUUUGGUGACCAGUUGUACAUCAAGCAUGCGGCUAUACUACAGCAAAAUGUCCAUGCCGAAGUGCUACUUCUCAGUGCAGGCUACGUUUCCAGACUAUCUCCCAUUAAACUGAGAAUCAUUGUGAGAUCCGGCUCUUACCUGACGGCAAUCUCGAACCGAAUAGCAGCAACCCAGGCAAGGGCUCGAUUCUUGGGCUUGAUUGUUGGCGAAUCUCUUUCGACCCUAAUGGACGACAAGAGUCAGAAGCUUGACUUUCACAUGGAAGAAACGGAGAGCGAAGAAGCGCAGUGGCUCAAGUCUCUGACCACCGUCUCUGACGAAAUUGGUUCGAUGGAGCCUAUUCUCAAAGCUGAAGCUAUAGGGCUACCAGCAAAGAAAGAGAACCGCCCAUCACAGAAACAGACGUCAAAGUCCAAAGCGAAACCCAAGGCGAAGCCAGAACCCAGCAUCUCCACCAUCAAGCCGAUAGCCAUCAUCGAAGAGGUCGACUCUUCCGAAGACGAUGAAGAUCUUGUACCUUAUGCGAAAGGCUCUGACCCCGAAGACUCCGACGACGACGCCACAUUGGUCCAGCGCAACAAGCCAAAGGCCCCCGUUUACAUCCGCGACCUGAUCCUCUACCUCCGCGACACAGAAUCCUACGACAAACAGAAGCUGGCCCUGCAGACGGCACCGCUGUUGAUCCGCCGAAAGGCCAACUUUGGCAUGGAAGUGAGCUCCCACGCGGAUGAGCUCGCGGGGCUACUCGUCGGACUGCAAGACAAGUUCGACAUUGAAGACUUCAACGACCUGAAGCUGCAGGGCAUGAUAGCCUUGAUAGUCGCCCAGCCCAAGACCAUGGCCCCCUGGUUCUCCCGGACCUUUUUCGAGGGUGACUAUUCCUUGUCACAGCGAACGCAGGUGCUCGUUGCCAUUGGUUUAUCAGCCAGAGAACUCGCCGGAUUCGAUACCUCGGAAUAUCAGGCCGCCGCGUCGUUUCCCUCAAAGCGUCUCCCAGACAAGAUUGAGCAGCUAUACAUCGACUCGCCCAAGCAAGGCGAAGCAAGAAGCCCAUCCCAACUCAAAGCACUGCCCUCAACCGCCAUAGACACCAUCGCCCAAUCCCUCACAUCAUCCUUCCUCGAGCCCAUGGCCGCCAAAGCAGCCGACGCCUCCACCGGCCCCGACAUGCUCAAGCUCUCGACCUUCACGUCCCGCUACAAGUCCAAGGCAAAGGCCACCAAGCCUCGACGAAUCCGCUCCAUCCCAAACACCACCGCCGCCCUCAUCGCAGAAUCAUUCUUCUACCCCCUCACAGCGCACUUCCAAGUCGCCCUCCGCUCCUCCAAGCCCGUCAUCCUGAAUCCCGCCCUGUUGGCAUUGUAUCUUCAAACGCUAGGCAUCAUCAUCCAUGCAGCUGGUCCCUCUACUCUUGCUCUUCCGCAACUCACGUCUGAGCUAUGGGAUUUGCUUUUGGCUGUGCGCGUCCACACGCAAGAUGACCUUGGGGCGCUCAGGGGGUGGUUCGUGGCCAUGGCUUCGCUGCUGGAGGUGAAUGAUGGCGAUAUGCGCAGACUGUGCGAGACGCAGGGGCGCGAGGUCGUGGAGACGAGGGAGUGGGCUGCGACGGUAUUUAAUAGGAUAAGGGGCGAGGAUGGAGGGGAGGAGAAUGAGGUCAAGAUGCUUUCGGCUGGAGUACUGAUUAAGCUUGGGGAGGCGAUUGAAAAGUAUCAGGCCUUGUUGAUGGGCAACAUGAUUGGAUUUUGA